AUGUCGUCGGACAUAACGAUGAUUCCGACUCCUGGCUUCUCAACUUCUACCUCAACAACCCAUUGGGUGUUUGACAACCCCUUUGGGACGGUUACCGGAUUCACCUCGAGUGGAUCGGUCGGUUCCACUUUCAGUGGUUCCAUUGGAUCUUUCAUUGGGUCGAGAGUCGGGGCCUUCGGGCACGGCACGGGUGUUGGAUCCUUCGGGGUCAACAUGAGUGCUAGCUCCUUCGAGGGCAACACUAGUGCUGGACCCUCCGGGGUCGGCACGGGUGCUAGCUCCUUCGGCGGCAGCACGGGUGCUGGACCCUCCGGGGUCGGCAGAGGUGCUGGAUCCUUCGGGGUCGGCACAAAUGCGGGGGCCUCCAUGCUCCACGCGACUAUGGGGGGUACUGUGUCCCACUCAAUUGUUAGCUCCUGCGGGGGCAACGGACUUGGUCCCUUUCAUGGGACAAACUCGGCACCAAUGGCACCAAGGAUGAUGCCACCCGCCGAGAAGCCAUCGAAGUUCAUGUGA